GGGAAAAGCCAUACAAAUGCACCUGGGAUGGUUGCACUUGGAAGUUCGCCCGCUCUGACGAGCUGACGAGGCAUUACAGGAAACACACGGGGGUGAAACCCUUCAAAUGUGCAGACUGUGACCGCAGCUUCUCCAGAUCCGACCACUUGGCCCUGCACCGGCGGCGACACAUGCUGGUGUGAACCAGAACAAGAGUGGAUAAGAGAGAGGUCAAUGGAACAGACACACACACACUCACACACAGACACACACAGAC